GAAAACAAACAAGGUCCAACCACACAUUCAUCCCAUACAACUAUAUCCCAAGCAACGAACCAUCAUUGGUUCUCAAUCUUUACAACUCCACAAACUAAACCCAAGCUCAACUCUUCUUCAUCACCAAACACCAAUUAUUAUUACAGUUCCACCAUGAACGACACAGUCGACAAGCUAGUAGUAUUCUUAGCAAAAAGAGACGGCAUAGACAAGCUUGUCAAAACAUUCCAAUACGUAUCCAAACUUGUCAACUGGCAAGCCGAAACUUCCCAUCCAAAACUCGCUCAAAGCUUCAAACAAUGGGAAGUAGCGUCAGGACUUAGCCGAAAAGCCUUCAGGACCGGCAGGUUUCUCACAGGAUUCAAUGCUUUACGACGAAAUCCAGGCUCCUCCGCAACUUUAAAGCGUUUGGCUGUUUUCGCUAACGCGGGGGAAAUGGUUUACUUCUUUUUCGACCAUUUUCUCUGGCUAUCAAGAAUCGGAACUUUGGACGCUAAGCUGGCGAAGAAGAUGAGCUUCAUUUCAGCGUUUGGUGAGUCUGUUGGUUAUAUAUUUUUUGUUAUAUCUGAUUUUAUUAUGAUAAGAGAGGGACUAAGGAAACAAAGGAAUCUGAUUGUUGGUUCAAAAGAAGAAGAAGUUGAAGAAAAUAUAAAGAAGAUUAGAGAAGAUAGAGUGAUGAGGUUAAUGGGAGUAUCAGCUAAUAUUGCAGACUUGAUUAUUGCCAUUGCAGAGAUUGAACCCAACCGAAUCUGUAACCAUACGGUUACUCUGGGGAUUUGUGGUUUGGUUUCUGCUUGGGCUGGUUGGUAUAGAAACUGGCCCUCAUAAUCACAGUAUUCUCAGGAACUAAUUCUCUCGCUUUUUUUUACAUUGAUAAAACAUUAUGUAUUCAAGUUCUGUUAUUUCUGUGCUAUAAACGAAUUAUUCAAUGAACAUAUAAAUAGUAUUUUAAAAUGGUUAA